CAAUUAUGUUUGUGUAUUGAAUAAUUGAUUCAAAGAGGGGGGAAGGGCUGCUAAUCAGAUCUGAGCAUAAUGAAUUGAUUUAAUUAACAGGGGAAUCCUUGGGUCGCAGCAAAGAAGCGUGCGCGGCGCAUUUAUUGCUCAGAGCGGAGCGGGUCGCGCACAGACGCGGGCACAGAGGCGGAGGGAGCACUUUGUCACAUUUGCAAUUGGAUUUGUUUGAAUGUAGUUGUCGUCUCGGAGCAAAUGAGAGCGAGAGGGGAAGCAUAUUAACAUCCCGAAGAAGAGCGAGCUCAGCCCAGCUCGGCGUGCGCAUUAUCCGCCUUCCAGCGCGCACCGCACGGCAUUUAGUCGAGCUUCACGCCGCCUAUUCGCCUUUUUUAUUCGCAUGGAAGUCAUUCAAAGCGCUUUGGGCUUAUUUAUUUGGGCUGCAGCUCAAGUGGCGAGACACGCAUCCGGCCACGGCAGUCAGCGUUACUGUCGUUUUUAAUUUGAGAGAAAAAGGUGCUUGGUUAAGUCAAGCUUUCGCCGCACAGCCCGCGCUGUGCACCGCGACAUCAAGACAAUCCCGGUGAGAAGCUCCAAGCGGAGCGAGCCGCGCAGCCUACUGGAGCCAAGGACGGAUCGGCCGGGGAAGGACUCCUCGUUCCUCAGGACGAUGGUGCUGGACAAGGAAGAGGGUGUGCCGAUGCUCUCCGUCCAGCCCAAAGGGAAACAGAAGGGGUGCGCUGGCUGCAAUCGCAAGAUUAAAGACCGCUACCUACUCAAGGCCCUGGACAAAUACUGGCAUGAGGACUGUCUCAAAUGUGCCUGCUGUGACUGCCGCCUUGGGGAGGUGGGCUCCACCCUUUAUACGAAAGCCAACCUUAUCCUGUGUCGUCGGGACUACCUGAGGCUCUUUGGUACUACGGGAAACUGCGCAGCCUGCAGUAAACUGAUCCCAGCCUUUGAGAUGGUGAUGAGAGCCAGAGAUAAUGUUUACCAUUUGGACUGUUUUGCCUGUCAGCUUUGUAACCAGAGGUUUUGCGUGGGCGACAAGUUUUUCCUUAAAAAUAACAUGAUUUUGUGUCAAAUGGACUAUGAGGAGGGUCAGCUGAACGGGAGCUUCGAGUCGCAGGUCCAAUAGUGGGAGCCUUGUACCGUGGCAGCGACAAUCAGCUCCACGCGUUCCACAACACCAUUGAUGUUCUGCUGCACUUGGAAAAAGACAAGCGUCUGUCUGCUUGCCUGCAAUACUUUUUAAGACCCCUUUAUUAGUUCCUGAGGACUCUAUUGUAAAUGUUCAACUUUUGGCCCCUCCCUCACCCCAACACUGAGCAGUUACAAAUGUUGAUGUACAGUCGUGCCUGUUAAGCUGAGCACUUCAUUGCUUGUAUGUUUUGUGAAAUCGGUUUCUGGUUUGUUUUCUUUUAGAAAUGGUUAACUGGAGGGUAUGUACAGUCUGUUUUUUCUGUAUAUAUAAACUGGAACAUUUAUUUUAUGAAAUGUAAUGCAAUUUUAUUACUAGUGUGAAUUAAAGAUUCUUAAAUGUUCAUAGUGAGUUUUUUUCCUCUUGUACUAAAACCAAAGUUGUUGGAGAGGGAGCCCAUCACUUGAUUAAAAAAAAAAAAAUUAAUCGUGUCUCCAAAACGGCAAUGGUGUAAAAAGGCCUUGCAAGAGAAAUUAUAUUUGAAGUACUUCUUGAAAUCAUGAUGCAACAAAAGGUGUUUUGUUACAUUUUACAGAGCUCUGAUGGAAUUAGAUAAACUGUUGAAAAUGAACAAAUA